CAUCUCUCCGCGCCGCCGCCGCCGGAAGUUUGGUCUAGGCGAUGGCGGCGCGGAGCCGAGGGGGAGGAUGCUGGCGGGUCCCCGGGAGUGAGCGAUGACCCGCCUCCUGGUCGCGGUGCACAGGGUCGCUUUGGCAGCCGUGCGCCGCGGCAGCGGCAAGCCGGGCAUGUUCUACGCCGUGAGGCGGGGCCGCAGGGCCGGGGUCUUCCUGACCUGGGACGAGUGCAGAGCGCAGGUGGACCGGUUCCCCGCGGCCAGGUUCAGGAAGUUUGCCACGGAGAAGGAAGCCUGGGCCUUCGUCAGGAGCUCGGGGAGCCCCCAAGAUGCACAAGGCCGGAAAGAGGAGUGUGCGCAGGAGCCACAGGCAAAGGCCAGCAAGCGGCCCCGGGAGGCCCCGGCCGCCGGUGAGGAGGAGGAGGAGGAGGAGGAGCCGCGCAUGAAGCAGGGGAAGCCAGCCCCGGGGGCGGCGGCGGCUCCCGUCAGCAAGGACUCCUUCUCCUACGUGGGAGAACACGUCGUCGUCUACACGGACGGCUGCUGCUCCAGGAACGGGCGGAGGCGGGCGCGCGCGGGGAUCGGCGUGUACUGGGGGCCCGGCCACCCGCUAAACGUGGGCGUUAGACUCCCUGGGCGGCAGACCAACCAGCGCGCAGAAAUCCACGCGGCCUGCAGGGCCCUCGAGCAGGCGAGGGCGCAGGGCAUCGACAAGCUGGUCCUGCACACCGACAGCAUGUUCACCAUCAACGGCAUCACUAGCUGGCUGCCGGGCUGGAAGGAGAACGGGUGGAGGACGAGCGCCGGGAAGGAGGUGAUCAACAGGGAGGACUUCGUGGAGCUGGACCGGCUCGUCCAGGGCAUGGACAUCCGGUGGGUGCACGUCCCCGGUCACUCAGGCUUGGUGGGCAACGAGGAAGCGGACAGACUGGCCAGGGAAGGAGCUAAGCAGCCUGAAGUCUGAGCGGAGCCCCGGCCGUGCGCGGAGCCCUGGAGCCGGUGGCUGUCCAGUGACCGCUGUGAGAAGUGGAGCG